AUCCCAAUAUUCACAAUCACAGCUCACUUUGCCAGUAUCUAUACUGUUUGCUUUUGCCGUCAGCUCAAGAAUCUCCUCUCCACCACCCUACCACCCACUGACCACCUCCUAAUAUUCUUCGCCCUAAGAAAGAACAUUGCCAAUUCCCAUUUCCCAAUAAAUGUAAAAGUUUUCACAUUUGUACAUAUGGGAUCAUACUCUGAUCUCUAACAAUCUCUCUCUCUCUCUCUCUCUCACACACACACACUGUAAGACACAUACUGUUUUUCUGUGUCUUUAAGCUUUUGCUCUCGAAAUGCACGACUCCACGCGCCUUAAAUCUCAACCCCACAAUCGCCGCCGUGAACCGCCGCCGUCGCAUCAUCAUCGCCGUGCUUGGUGUUGCUCCUUCACUAUUCCACCACACAGCCCGGAAAACCCAAUUCAAACUCCAACUCCGGCCGGUUUGCCCAAAAAGAACCAAUCUUUACUAAAACCAGAAAUAGCCACAAAAUCUUCAUCCAAUUCCACCUUAUCUUCUUUCGCUAAUUCACCUCAAAACACCUCCAGACCCGGCAUCGUGACCCGAAUCGACCCGCGUCGGAUCCUCUCACCGGGUCGGGUAUCUCCAAUUGAUUCCAUUGACGAAACCCUAAACCCGAUUAACCCGGUUAAUUUCCCUGAAAUUCCUAAAUCCCCGACUCCGGUUGAUUGCGAGCAGCAAGUUAGUGGUGGUGGGCCCGGGGUUAGGGAUGAUUGUAAUUUGGGGAUCUUUGAUGUGAGGUUGAAUUUAAAAGGAAAGAAUGGGAGUGGAUUAGUAUUGGAGCUUAAUUCUGAGGUUCUUAGUACUAAUAGUUGUGUUUUUGCUGACUUGAUUGCGAAAAACUCGAGGGGGUUGUGUAGGAUAGAGGUGCCUGAGGUGGAGAAUUUGGGGGUGUUUCGCGAGACGAUUGAGCUAAUGUUUGAGGAUGAUAUUCCCCGGAAACUUAUCAGGAUUGGUGCUUAUCGCGCCAUUGAUGUGCUUGAGGUAUCAGCUGGAAUCAAAUUCAACCGGGGUGUUUUAUCGUGUUUGAAGUACCUUGAAGCUGUUCCUUGGACUGAGGAAGAAGAAGAGAAAUUGAGGAGCUUGUUUAAUAAAAUGAAGUUUGAUCAUGAAACUGCUAGAGACAUCUCGGCCAGACUCUACACACUAGAUAUGGCAGAUUCCCAACAUACUUUGUCUAAGCAGCUUGUUUGGUCUGUUACUACCUGUGUCGAUGCCAAUUCCAGAAACGAGCUAAAAUCCUUAGUCAGGGGUCUCCUGUGCAAAAGCUCAGUGUACAAAAAGGACUGCCCUGAUUUGAACAAGGCGGAUAUAUUUGCAAUUUGCCAGUCUUGUAUAAGUUCACUUGUUUGUUUGCUUGAGGAGGCCACUAGUACCAGUCCAUCUAAUAAAUUUGCAAAGAAAGGGGAGAAACCCUUGAUUGAGCGCAUAUCGAAGCAGGUUGACAACAUCAUUUGGCUGCUCGAAAUUUUGCUUGAUCACCAGAUGGCAGAGGACUUGGUGGUGAUAUGGACCAAUCAAAGCAAGUUGCUUGGAAUGCAUAAAUGUGCAUCUCCAUUGGUCAGAUACGAGCUUAGCCGGGUGACAGCUAUGUUAUUCAUAGCAAUGGGCACAGGGAAAAUGCAUUGUCGCUCUGAAGCAAGGUCGGGGCUUCUUCAGACAUGGUUUAGGCCGAUGCUUUUGGACUUCGGAUGGUUACAGAGAUGCAGAAAGGGCCUAGACAUGAAGGCAUUGGAGGAAGCCAUGGGUCAAGCACUCCUUACUCUUCCUUUGAAGGAACAAUAUAUUCUGUUUAUGGAUUGGUUCAAGUGUUUCUCUAAGCAUGGUACUGAAUGCCCUAACCUUAGCAAAUCAUUCCAGAUAUGGUGGCGACGAUCGUUCUUGAGAGGGUCUGAAACUCAUGCCACUGAAUCUAGGUAGACUGGUGUUAUUUAGUCCUGUUUUCUUUCUAGUGGAGUGCUGUACUUGGGCAAUCUGAAACACUUGGGAAGUCAAUAAUGUAGAUUAACACUGUAGAUUUACUAAUUGUUGUGAGAAGGAAUGGAAUGCCAAUUCAGUAUAUAUGGCGCUUUUACCAUAA